AUGGACGACAGGUUCUACUCAGUAAUCUUCCCAGAUGUGCGGAAUUUCCGCCCCUUUACUGUCGACUCUCUGGCUGCCAUCAAUAAGCGCAUCGCCAUGCAGAAAGAACAAAAGAAGGCCAAAGAUAAGACAGCCACAGAACCCCUGCCUCGACCUCAGCUUGACUUAAAAGUCUCCAGGAAGUUGCCCAAGUUGUAUGGUAACAUUCCUCCUGAGCUCAUAGCAAAGCCCCUGGAAGACUUGGACCCCUUCUAUAGAAAUCAUAAGACAUUUAUGGUGUUGAACAAAAAGAAAACCAUCUACCGCUUCAGUGCCAAGCGCGCCUUGUUCAUUUUUGGACCUUUCAAUUCAUUCAGAGCUUUAGCCAUUAAAAUCUCAGUGCAUUCAUUGUUCAGCAUGUUCAUCAUCGGCACAGUUAUCGUCAACUGUGUGUUCAUGGCCACCAACACUGGGAAGGACAGCAGUAUAAAUGCCAACACUACUGAUGUGGUCGAGUAUGUCUUCACUGGGAUAUAUGUUUUUGAAGCCUUCAUAAAAAUAUUGGCAAGAGGCUUUAUUCUGGAUGAGUUUUCUUACCUUCGAGAUCCUUGGAACUGGCUGGACUCCAUUGUCAUUGCAACAGCGUUUCUAUCAUUUUUCCCAAACACCAGCAACAGUGUGUCAUCCUUGCGGACUUUCAGAGUGUUCAGAGCUUUGAAAGCAAUUUCAGUAGUUUCAGGUCUAAAGGUCAUCGUGGGGGCCUUGCUUCGCUCUGUGAAGAAGCUUGUUGAUGUGAUGAUCCUGACCCUCUUUUGCCUGAGCAUCUUUGCCCUGGUCAGUCAACAGCUCUUCAUGAGAUGUCUAAACCAGAAAUGUGUCAGGAAGGACUGUAUAGCUAACUCUACUAUUAUAAACACAGAUUGCUUUGAAAAGAAAGGUAACUCUGCGGAAUAUAAACUGUGUAGGAAGGGCGACAGUUCUUGUUCUGAAGCAUUUGAAUGUGAACACACCAAAUACAAUCCUGACUAUAAUUACACAAAUUUUGACAACUUUGGCUGGUCUCUUCUUGCCAUGUUCCGGCUUAUAACCCAAGAUUCCUGGGAAAAGCUUUAUCAACAGACCCUGCGCACCAGUGGACUCUACUCAGUUUUCUUCUUCGUGUUAGUCAUCUUCCUGGGCUCUUUCUACCUGAUUAACUUAACUCUGGCUGUUGUCACCAUGGCUUAUGAGGAGCAGAACAGAAAUGUAAUUGCUGAGACGGAGGCCAAGGAAAAGAUGUUUCAGGAAGCCCAGCAGCUGUUAAAGGAGGAGAAGGAGGCUCUGGUUGCCAUGGGAAUUGACAGAAGUUCACUUAAUUCCCUUGAAGCAUCAUCUUUUUCCCCAAAGAAGAGAAAGCUCUUUGGUAAAAAAAACAGGAAGUCCUUUUUGAGAAGGUCUGGAAAAGACCAGGCUUCAGGAUCUGAUUCGGAUGAAGAUUCCAAGAAAACGCCACACCUCCUGGAGCAAACCAAACGGCUCUCCCAGAAUCUAUCAGUGGACCACUUUGAUGAACACAAAGACCCCUUACAAAGGCAGAGGGCUCUGAGUGCUGUAAGCAUCCUUACCAUCACUAUGCAGGAGCAAGAAAAAUCACAGGAACCUUGCCUCCCAUGUGGGGAAAACCUGGCAUCCAAGUACUUCAUAUGGGACUGUUGCCCUCAAUGGGUAUGCUUUAAGAAGGCGCUGAGAACUGUGAUGACUGACCCCUUUACUGAGCUAGCAAUCACUAUCUGCAUCAUAGUCAACACUGUCUUCUUGGCCAUGGACCAUCACGGAAAGAAUGAAAGCUUUGAGAAGAUGUUGUUUACAGGGAAUCAGGUUUUCAGCGCCAUUUUUAUAGCAGAAAUGUGUCUAAAAAUCAUUGCACUUGAUCCCUACCAUUAUUUUCAACGAGGCUGGAACAUUUUUGACUGCAUUGUUGCGCUUCUGAGUUUUGUAGAUGUGUUAAACCCACGUUGGUCAUUCCUCCGUUCCUUCAGAGUGGUGAGGGUCUUCAAGUUAGCCAAAUCCUGGCCAACUUUAAACACUCUGAUAAAGAUCAUUCGGCACUCCUUUGGAGCCCUUGGGAAUCUGACUGUAGUGCUGGGUAUCGUUGUCUUUAUUUUCUCAGUAGUUGGCAUGCAGCUUUUUGGCUCCAAAUUCAAAGCACAAAGGCUUAACUGUAAUGAAUCAACAUCUUCAUGUUUACGGCGCUGGCACAUGGAGGAUUUCUACCACUCCUUCCUGGUGGUGUUCCGCAUCCUCUGCGGGGAAUGGAUUGAGAGCAUGUGGGAAUGUAUGCAAGCAACUAAUGGUUACCUGUGUAUUAUUGUCUUUUUAUCGAUCAUGGUGAUAGGAAAACUUGUGGUGCUUAACCUCUUUAUUGCCUUGCUGCUCAAUUCCUUCAGCAAUGAGGAGAAAGAUGGAAACUCAGAAGGCGGAGCCAAGAAAACCAAAGUCCAGCUGGCCCUGGAUAGGGUCCACUGGGCUUUUUGUUAUUUAAUGCAUAGUCUUCAGCAUUUCUGUUGCAAGUGGUGUGGAAGGCAAAACUUAGCAAAGCAAAAAGAGGCUACCGAAGGUUCUGCUUUUCAGAGCAAGGAUAUCAUUCCCCUGGUCACAGAGAUAAAAAGGAAUCCAGAGGUCCUGGAGGAGUUUCGUACACCGGCCUCUGGGACAAAAGUCACGGACGAUGGGCAGGAGCGGACUCCGUUGGCCCCACUUGCAGAGGAAGAAUAUGAUAUUGAAUUUCCUGAUGAAGAGAAUGUACAGUUUGAAGUCACACAACUUCAAACUGGAAACCAGGCCUAUGAAUUCCAUCAGCAUACCACAAAGUCUACCAACCAAGAUGUUCAAAGUGUGGAAACUGAAGUGUUCGCUGAAGAUGAUGAUUAUCAUCCCCGAAAGAAAUCUGAUGCAAUCAGUGUGCUGUCGGAAUGUAGUACCAUUGAUCCUGUGUAUGCCUUUAGACGGGUAUCUGCAAUCGUUCCCAAAAAGCAACCAGAGAGAUGUUUACCCAAAGGCCUGUGUUGCUGUUUUUCAUGCUGUGUCAUGGACAAGAGAAAGUCCCCUGGGAUCUUGUGGUGGAACCUGCGGAAAACCUGCUACCAAAUAGUGAAACACAGCUGGUUUGAGAACUUUAUUAUCUUUGUGAUUCUGCUGAGCAGUGGGGCUCUGGUAUUUGAAGAUAGUCGCCUUGAGUCAAAGACAACCAUCAAAACCUUACUAUGUACUAUGGAUUUAAUUUUCACAAACAUUUUUAUCCUGGAGAUGUGUCUGAAAUGGGUGGCCUUUGGAUUUAAGAAGUAUUUUACCAGUGUCUGGUGCUGGCUCGAUUUCAUCAUUGUGAUUAUCUCUAUACUCAGUCACAUCAAUUUACCGACCAUAAAAUCCUUCCGGACUCUAAGAGCCUUGAGGCCCCUUCGAGCACUGUCCCAGUUUGAAGGAAUGAAGGUGGUGGUCAAUGCUCUCAUAGGUGCCAUACCUGCCAUUUUGAAUGUUUUGCUUGUCUGCCUCAUUUUCUGGCUCAUAUUUUGUAUUCUGGGAGUAAACAUGUUUUCUGGAAAAUUUAGAAGAUGCAUUAAUGGAACAGAUAUGAACUCAGUUAUAGAUCCUAAUAUCGUUGCAUACCGAAACCAAUGUGUGAAUGGAAAUUACUUCUGGGUCAACCUAAGAGUCAACUUUGACAAUGUGGGAAUGGCUUACCUCGCUCUGCUGCAAGUGGCAACAUUUAAGGGCUGGAUAGAUAUUAUGUAUGCAGCUGUCGAUUUCAGAGGGGAAGAAGAACAGCCAAUGUUUGAGGUGAAUCCAUACAUGUACCUAUACUUCGUCGCUUUUAUCAUUUUUGGCUCAUUCUUCAGUCUGAAUCUUUUUAUUGGUGUUAUCAUUGACAACUUCAACCAACAACAGAAAAAGAUAAGUGGCCAAGACAUUUUUAUGACAGAAGAACAGAAGAAAUACUAUAAUGCAAUGAAAAAAUUAGGAUCCAAAAAACCUCAAAAACCCAUUCCAAGGCCUCUGAACAAAUGCCAAGGUCUCGUGUUCGACCUAGUCACAAACCAAGUCUUUGACGUCCUCAUCAUAAGUUUCAUUAUCCUAAACUUGAUUAGCAUGAUGGCUGAAUCAGCUGACCAAUCUGACGACAUGAAAAAGAUCCUUGAAUACCUCAACCUGGCCUUUGUGGCUAUCUUUACAAUAGAGUGUCUCAUCAAAAUCUUUGGUUUGAGACAAUACUACUUCAUCAAUGGCUGGAAUUUAUUUGAUUGUGUGGUCGUGGUUCUUUCUAUUGUUAGUAAGUAA